AUGCCCGGCUUCGCAGACUCGUUUUGGUCGAGCGACUACGCCGCAGGCCUCGGCGUCCUGUUCGGCAAGCUUCAGCAGGGUGUGUUGGAGAACCGCCAAGUCCUCACGAUAGCUCGGUUGCGCGCCGAAGCCGAGGAGACUUACGGCAGCCGCCUUGGGGACAUUGCGCCUGCGGCCGACAAGAUCAACGGUGGCUUCUCGCGGGAUGACGGCGCAACCGUUCGCAAGGCCUAUGAUGGCAUGCGCAUCGAGAUGCAGGAGGCCGCCCGCAGUCACCAGCGCAUUGCCCAGAGCAUUCGCGACCUCGUCAUCAACCCCUUCUCACGCUGGUGCGAUGCGCACGAGGCCCGCAUCCAAGACUCGCAGGAUGACCUGCAAAGCCGCAUCAAGACGCACGAUCGCCAAGCCGACCUCGUCCGCAAGCUUCGAUCCAAUUACUUCAACAAGUGCCGGCUCGUCGAGGACAUCGAGGAGGAGAACAAGCUCGCCUUUCAAGAGCCCGAAGCCAGCCCCAAGCAAGCUCAGAACCAGAACCAGCCCAUCCCCGAAAUCAAGGUGCAACCCCACAAGGAGGAAGAGGCUGAGGAGUACGAAUUCUACGAGAUCGGCGACGAGACGUACCAACCCGACCAGCUCAAGAAAAUACUCUCUCAGAUGCUCAGCACCAUCAAAAUGGGCGAGACCAAGGUUCCGAUUCUCGGCACGUACCAGAACACAUCCGCAGGUUCCGACAUCGUCGAAUACUUGCAGCGCAACAUGGGCGUCACCAGCGUGAGCUAUGCUGAGCGGGUUGGCCAGGAUCUCGUCUCCAACGGAUUCCUCCGCCUUGUUGGAAACGUCGGCAGCACUUUUGCCAACAGCUCCAGAAUGUUCUAUCAAUGGCGACCCAAGGCCUUCAGGCUGGCUGGAGUGCCAGACAAGAAGCAGUCGCUGAACCGCACCUUCUCGAUCCCCGUCACGGGCUCCGAUGGCGGCGAUUCACCGGUCGUCGGCACCGUCAGCGAGUACCUCGCCAACUGGAAUGUCCUAAACAACCAGCACCCCAAUGAGACGCCUGCCCAGCGCCUGCAGCGAGAGUCACGCGAGGCGGACGACAAGUACAAGGCCGGUGUGCGCAAGCUUGACCAGCUGCGCUGCGAUCUCGAGGAGGCCAUCUUUAUCCACCUCAAGUUCCUUGAGCGCUGCGAGCUCGACCGUCUCAAGGCCAUCAAGACAGUCAUCCUCGACUUUUCUGGCACCAUCGGCAACGUCAUCCCUAGCCUGCAGUCCACGGUGGACAAGAUGCUGCUGUUCCAAGAAACUGUUCAGCCCGUUGGCGAUCUCCGCUAUCUCCUCGAGAACUAUCGCACCGGAAGCUUCGUGCCCAAGGUCGUCGUGUACGAAAACUACUACAACAAAGUAGACGAGCAAACCUUUGGUGUCGAUCUGGAGGCCCGGGCCCGGGCCGACAAGAAGCGUGUCCCCGUUCUCAUCACAACGCUCCUCACCUACCUCGAUCACCACUACCCCGACUUGGAAGGCGAUGAAGCGCGAAGGGGAGUGUGGCUCGUCGACGUGCCCUUGGCCCAGGUACACAAGUUGCGUGCCAGAGUCAACGAUGGGAAACCAAUUUCCCAAGAAGUACUGAGCGAGUACGACAUUCCAACCAUUGCAAACCUGUUGAAGCUGUACCUUUUGGAGUUGCCAGACUCACUUGUCAGCUCUCACGUCUACGAAAUCAUCCGCACCAUCUACACAACCCCGGCUGCCGACGGCACAGACGCUUCGCGCAUCGCAGUCUUGCAGCAGACGCUGUCGCAGCUGCGGCUCACGAAUAUCGCUACUCUGGAUGCUUGCAUGAACCACUUUACUCGACUCAUCGACUUGACCUCGGCUGAUGAGCAGUACACGGCCACAUUGGCUGCCGCGCUGGCACCCUGCAUCCUGCGGCCCCGGACAGAGACGUCACUCACGUUGGAGGAGAAGCACGCGGCGAGACUUGUUCGCGACUUGUUCGCUCACAAGGAUCCCAUCUUCAGCGAGCUGAAGCGCAUGUCCACGCUGAACCACUCGACAUCAGUCGGCCCCAGCAACAACCGCCCCCGUGCUGUCAGCACGGAUGAAAGCAACCGCAAGACGCUGAUGGAAGAGCGGAACAGGGCUCUCCUUGAGAAGGCCACCGCGUCCCGGAGUCGAGCCACGAGCCCGGCGCCCAGUCCUCGGGGGCAUCGCCGCGACCGGAGCAGCGGCGGACCGGAGACGCGGUUCCCUAUUCAGACGAGCCCAACAGCUGCCGACCGCCAGCGAGCCAGCCUCGGCGGGCUUGACUCUCGCAUCAAGCGGUCAUCCCUCGACGUCCCCGGCCCCGACGGCGCUGCUAACGGCGACGCAUCCAACGGAGCGCCGCAGGUGCCCAAGUCGACCGACAGCGAGUCCGGCUCCGAGAAGCGAGACAGCGGCGGCCGGGUUGGGACCAAGUUCGUCGGCGGGCGUCGGGUACCCGCCUCGCCGCCCAGCGAGUCGACUCCUGCUCGGGGCGUGACGCUCGAGGACAAGCCCAUGGACGACUAA